CAAAAAUAGAGAGUGGGUUGGCUCUCUUUUGAUGUAGUAGUUUCUGUCCUUUUUAACUUUCCCAAAAACUUGAAUGAUGAAAUUGGCCUGAUGGAAUACCUUCUGACAGGAAAUCUACCUCCUGAUGAAGAUGUUGUCAGACACGUACCAGUGACAGAAGUCAUAAGUAUAUUCAGGAGAAGAACGAAACAAAUUUACACUAGGACAACAAAACGCUUUGGAAGUAGCGUGAGCACUGUUGAAUAUUAUCAACUAAUGCUACUCGCUAAUAAAAGUGACAUGCGAUGCGCUGUCACCGGCUGUAGAACCUAUAUUGCACCGCCAGAUUCUAAUCGUUACUGGGCCCUCUCUUAUGAUCAUAUUAUACCAUUAUCCAAAGGAGACAAGUCUUCUUCUGAAUUGGAUAACUUACAAGUUGUAUGCAGCAUUAUCAAUUGUGUCAAGGGCAACCUCUCUGACAACCAAGUACAUGAUUGGUGGCUUCGAUUCAAAUCUGCCAAGUCAAAAAAGCAAUACUAAUCAUUCAAUAGCAUAUCCAUAAAACUUGUGUCAAAAGAAAACCUUUCUCUCUCUUUUCUCUUUAGCUUGUAAAAUUUGAACACGUAUUACCCUCUUCAUCUUUCUUAAAGAAUCUUUUUUAUGGAUGAAGUAAGAUUAAACCUCAUCAAAAUAAAGGAAAUUGGCCCG